GGGACACUCUUCCAAGCAGGAUGGGUGCUGCUGCCAUGGCACUGCAAGACAGCAAAGGCAGCAUCCUCAGCAGUGCUUCAAGCACUGUUCUGUGCUCAGCUUGGGGCUGCACCUCCCCACAGCCCCAUCAGCUUCACCUGCAGCAUCCCACAGUGCAGUGGGGGGGCUCCCAGCCCUAUAACCCCCUAUAUCCCCCUAUAUUGGGGAGCUCAGUGCAGCCACAGGUCCAGAGAGUGGCACCCCCAUUGGUGCAGCUCUGGAGGCCCACGUGGGGAUGCCCUGGCAUGAGGUGGAUGAAGCCAACCUGUCCCAACAAGUGGGUACAGCUUUGUCCCCAGUUGGUAUUUGGCUGCUGUCCCCUCUGCAAGGAUGGGCCUAUCCCACCGAGCACUGCCCAGCUCAUGACAGUGGUGGUGCAUCAGGUGGGGGCUGGGGGACAUGGUCACUUGCCUUGGUUGCUUGGCAGAUGCAAUGGGAAAAAGCACCUGCCCCCUCAGCCAGGGCACAGGAACAUAAACCCAGCAAAAACCUGCGACUUUUGUUGCAUCUGGUGGUUGUUUUGGUGCACAAUAAAAGCUGCUGAUAGCUGGAAACUGGGGGCUAAUGGAUCUGUGGUGCCUGGUGCAGGACUUGGGCUGGUGCAGGAGUUGAGGGGGGGUCCCUCAUCACAGGGUGUGUUGCUGUUGUUCCCUCCCACCUCUCCAGCAGUGCAGUGCCCCCUGCUUCAGGCAGGGCAGCACGGAGCAUUUGGCUGCAGGAGGCAACAGGCAGAGGAGGCUGAAGUGGGGAUGAGACAGGUGAGAAGGGGAAAGGGAGGAGAGGGCAGAGGAAAGAGCAAUGGAACAGCACAGAGAAAGCAUCGUAUGGAGCAGGAAAACAGGUGGGAAGGGAGAAGGAAGCUCCCAGAUCUGGAUCCCAAGCCCCUGGGUUGGCCAGACCCAGCCCUGAGCUGAGCUCCAAAACAUCAUCUUUAUUGUGCCAAGGGGUGGAGAGGGCAGUUUGUAAACAAGUAUGUGAAAUAUACAGGUUAAGUUACUCGUCGUCUUAUUAACAAAAUAAAGCUCUAUCUAUA